AUCGCAGACAUGCAAUGGGGGCGGCAUAUACACAGUCAGCAAUGUCUCUGUUACCAGCAGCCAGUUCCGCAACAACAAGGCAUCAGGGAUGGGCGGUGGGUUGUUUGUCGAGGCCGCGGCAGAGUUCAGUGACGUUGAGCUGAUUGCCAACGUCGCACUAAGGGGCGCCGGAGCAUAUGCAUCUGCCGUUGCACUCACUAACGCAACGAUCAGCUAUAACGUCGCAUUCUUG